UCCACCAUAGAAUGAAGAGAGGUCAGUUGAGCAAUGAUUGGCUGAGCCCCCUCUGACAUCACAAUCUCGCAAUUUGUGAACAACAGGCUUAAAAAGAAAGGAUAUGGUCCAACAACGUGAUGUGAAAUAACAGAGCAGAUCAAGGGAUGAACUGAGCAUCCACCCACCUCUGAGAGGCGCAGCAGCAUUAGGUGUCCAGGAGCCUCUGCAGGGUGCUCAUCCCUGGGCUUCACAUCCUCGGUGGGGGAGAGGGACCAGGCACCGUCCAAACAGCCCCACCUUUCCUUCGAGAUGAAUCAUUACAAAGUCCUUGGACUGCAAAAAAAUGCCUCCCAGGAUGACAUUAAGAAAUCCUACCACAAACUGGCACUAAAGUGGCAUCCUGAUAAGAAUCCCAACAACAAGGAAGAAGCUGAAAAGAAAUUCAAAGCAGUCGUUGAGGCAUACAGUGUUUUGUCGGACCCUAAGAAACGAUCUCUCUAUGACAUGUCUGUUAGGGAGAGCAGAUCCAACAGAGGAAGAAAUGUCACCCAGUGUUAUAACAGCUCCUUUGAUCCUGCUUACGCAUCCCAGGACCUCGAUGAGAUCUUUAGGGAAGUCUUUGGAGGGAUGCAUCCCCUUAUACAUGCUUUCUGGGACCCCUUUUACAACAUCCGAAACAACGGUGAAAUCUGGCACAGGACAGGUGGAAGAGGAAGAAGCUCCAAUCUGUUUUCUGACUUUAUGGAGUCAUCUAUGUCAUGGAAUCCAUUUAGCCCCUUUGAGGAGCCCAGCUCCUCCUUUACUGAGGCCAGAGCUGAGCCCCGCGGUGCCCGAACAGUGAUCACCACCACUGAAGUGAUCAAUGGCAAGAAGAUCACCACCCGGAAAAUCAUUGAGAAUGGGCAGGAGACAACAGAAGUAGAAGAAGAUGGCCAGCUAAAGUCUGUGACAACAAACAAGCUAUUUGGAAAUUAAAAUGUCCCCCAGCACAUGCAUUAACUGCAAGGUGUAGGAUGCACUCUCAUAGCCCAAUGGAUAGGAUCUACUACAAGCACUAGUAAUAAAUGCUGACCUCAUGACACAACUGACGUAGACAUCCCAGUGGUUGGGGACAAAUACUUCACAGGUAAAAAUACGGAGUUAUGCUAAACUAAGGAGCAGGACUCUACUAACCCUGUGUAAGGUGAUAGAUAGCACUUGUUCAGUAAAUAGGCACAGUAGAUACAUGUGAGAGCAACAUUGCAG